AUGAGUUCACGGAAUCAAGGGGAAGUGCCCUUGGAAACAAUGGUUAUCCGAGCACAAAGUGAGUCGGUAGAGACUGCGGCUGAGUCAUCAACGCCACAAGAGGAAGUACAACAACGAAAGAAAUACAACAUGCCAGCGGGAUUUUGCCAAUAUGUAGCGGAGAUGCAGCGAAAUAAAAGAGCUUUAAACAAAUUAAAAGUGACGACCAUGGACGACGGAUAUCGAUACGAAAUGCAAGGCGACAAAAAGGGAAGCGAAGAAGAAACACUCCGGCUUUUGCGUCAUAAUUACAAUCUGCUACCUGCCAAAAGAAAGUUGGAGCUGGAAUUGAAAUACCGCAGUCAAAAGAGCUCAUCAAAACGACUACGUAUGGAGGCGACAGAAGGUACAUUUGCUGGCACAUCCACAUGCAGUGUUGUAUGCAUGUCACUUUUGUCUACAUGCUUUCACUACAUCAGACUUGCUGAAUGUUCACGACUGCAAGGAAUUUCGAGACUGAAAAAAACGCACAAAAGUCACUUCAACUGCCUGCGAUGGUGGAAGCUCGAGUAUUCGUGUGUUGUACCGAUUGCGAAGAGUACCUUCGUUGUCGAUCGAGUGAAAUCGAAAGUCUUCAAAAAUUUGUCGAAGAGCAUUUGG